AUGGAGACGUCGGAGAUCGCCCUGCAGGUGAAGGAGCAGCUGCUGAGGCACAACAUCGGGCAGCGGGUGUUUGGUCACUACGUGCUGGGGCUCUCCCAGGGGUCGGUCAGCGAGAUCCUGGCCCGACCCAAGCCCUGGAGCAAGCUGACCGUCAAGGGCAAGGAGCCCUUCCUAAAGAUGAAGCACUUCCUGUCUAGUGAACAGAACAUUCUAGCACUUCGUAACAUCCAAGUCCGACAGAGAGGAAAUAUCACCCCACGUAUUCGCACUCCAGAAAUGGGCUCAGAUGACGCCAUCAGAAACAUUCUGGAACAGGCCAAGAAGGAGAUCCAGAGAGAAGGUGAGGAGGUCUCCCCCCUUAAGACCUCUGGUUCGGGUCCUAGCGGCCGGCUCUCUGCCGGACGGGCCAGUAGCAGCGGGGCAGGGGACAGUGACGACACCAUCAAAGCCAUCCUGGAGCAGGCGCGGCGGGAGAUGGUGGCCCAGCAGCGGCACCAGGCCCUGCGGGAGAUGGCCGUAUGCCACUGGGGCACCACCACCACCACCACCGCAGCCGCCAGUUCCAGCAGCCCUCCGGCCUCCGCCGAACCCCGACCCCCAUCGGUCAAGCAGGAGGGGGCCAGCUCCAGCGUCACGGCGUCCAGCCCCCAACUCCUCCAGCAGACGCCGCUCAGCGUCAUCUCCCCCAAGGACUUUGUCCAGAACAUCAUACGCAAGGUCAAGAGCGAGAUCGGCGACGCCGGCUCCUACCAGGGCGGCCACUGGUCGGCCGCGUCCAGCACCUCGCACCCGCUGACCUCCGUCUCGCCCUCGCUGUGCUCCACCACCUCGUCCUCCUCGCCGUUCUCCAACAUGGCGGGCCAGAGCUCGGCCUGGCUUGACCCUUGGUCCCGCCAGCCGUUCAGUAGAGAGCAGCAGGACCAGGAGGAUGCCUUGUCCAGCCAGGGUGAGGAUGGACACAUGGUGAAGGUCAAGGUGGAGGCCGAGGAGAUCGAACAGGACGAGGGAGGUGAGCACCUCUCUCCGUGCUCGGCCUACGUGACGCGCCCGCCCAAGCCCAUCGUGCCCCCUCUGACCCCAGAUCAGUACGACUCCUUCAUGCACCAGCAGGUGGACACAGUGCUGCUAACGCGGCAGGUCAAAGACAGGCUGGCACAGAAGGGCAUCUGCCAACGCAUCUUUGGAGAAAAGGUGCUGGGCCUUUCUCAAGGCAGUGUGAGUGACAUCCUGUCCCGACCCAAGCCCUGGAGCAAGCUGACCCAGAAGGGCAGAGAGCCGUUCAUCCGCAUGCAGCUCUGGAUGCAGGGCCAGCUGGGCCAGAAGCUGAGCCCCAGCCCCCCAAACAACCCCUCCCUGGAGCAAGAGCCAGUGCUGGCGAGCUCCUCCCCCAGCCCAGAUGAGGAGCGCGCUGGCCCUCUGAGCGAGCCGGGCAGCCUGAGCCUGGAGAGCAGCAAAGAGAACCAGCAGCCUCCCCAGCAGCAGGGUGGACCCCUGGGCCUGGGCUCCCUGGAGAUGGCCCCCCACCACCCCACCCUGUCAGCGCUGGAUGUCCAGCAGCUGGCUAUCCUGUCCCCUGAGCUGGACACGCUCAGUAUCACCAGGAGGGUGAAGGAGGUCCUCAACAGCAAUAAUCUCGGUCAGCGUCUGUUUGGAGAGAUGAUCCUGGGCCUGACGCAGGGCUCUGUGUCUGACCUGUUGGCUCGGCCCAAACCCUGGAGCAAACUGAGCCUAAAGGGCAGGGAGCCAUUCGUACGCAUGCAGCUGUGGCUCAAAGACCCCCAGAACAUCGAGAAGCUGAGAGAAAUGAAGAAGAUGGACAACAGAGCGUACCUCAAACGGCACCAUCAUUUACUGAGCUCCGGCUUGGACCGAGACUCGCCAGCCAGCGCUUCAGACAUGGCUCCCUAUCUGGAGUCUUCUCACCCAGGCCAAGCCAAGAAAGCCAGAGUGGUGCUCGCCACCCAGGAGAAGGAGACACUUAAAAGAGCUUACCAGCUGGAGCCCUACCCCUCCCAAAGCACUAUAGAGAGACUCGCCUCCCAGCUUGGUCUCAAGAUCAGUACAGUGAUCAACUGGUUCCACAACUACAGGUCUCGCAUGAGAAGAGAUUUUGAAGGAGGAGAGUUGCUUAAAGCAGACACCUUGAAACCUCUCCCUGGUGACCUACAAGAGAUGCGCCAGAUGCAUUGCAGUCAAAGUCCCUCCAAGGGUGACCGCUCUCUCAGCAUGCCUGUAGGCUUGGUGACUGUCAAACAGGAACCCUGGGAACUAAGGCAGGCAGAGGAGGAAUCAUCAGAGGCUGACGCUCACCCAACCAAAUACAUCUCCAUGGGCGUGCAGUUUGCAGGCAGACUGGAAAUGAAGGAGGAGAGCCUGAGCAGCCCGUCUCCUCGGCUGUGUUCGAGAGUCAAGCAGGAAGUCAGGGGGGAGUGCGGAGAGACAUCAGCUAGCCUCCCAAAACCAGACAGACUUCCAGGCACUCGGCCAGUGCCCCAUGCAUCAGAGGCCCAGACGUUUUCUCACAGCUCCAAAGAGGACACUGAACCCAAAGCCAAUGCUGCUGCUUCUGCUUCUGCCUCAUCGUCUCCCACACACACUCUACCUCCGGUCUCCCCUCUCCCCUCGUCAACCACACCAACACCACUUACCUCAGAAGCUGCUGCCGAGCAGAUCACCGUCCAGCAGAGCCUUGUGGCUGGCCACAGCACCCAGCAGCGGAGCGCCAAGAAGGCCAAUCUGGACAACAUCAUCCAUCGGCUGGAGCGGGCGGCCAACAGGGAGGAAAUGCUGGAGUGGGAGUUUUAGGACAAAUUAAUGGCCUCUCAUAGUGACCGCUGACCACACUGAUAAGCUGUAGACUUUUUCUAUCUAAAAAAAAAAAACCCAACUAAAAACUGAAGAGAUGACCAGGAAAGAGGCCAUGAAAUCAUGGAACCCCUCACUUGGAAAAUACUUUGUCACUGUGCUGAAUUUUGUGUGCAUUUCCUGUGCUCCUCUAAAAUUCUUUUAAAAAGGGUUUAAGAUUAUAGCAGAGACGAGAGGCUUAGAAAGUCCAGUGGAAGAUUCUUGAAAUGUUUGAAAUUGAAUGCAUGGCUGGUUUAAUAAUCACUGUCCUGAAAAAACAUAUUAUAUGCAUACAGUAUAUGGCAGCCAUUUUAUAUGGGAGAAAAAUAUUAAUGGUCAAGUGUAAUGACUAUUCGUAUUCACUAUUUGCCACUUGUUGAGAUUACAGGGGACGUUGGUCUUAAGCCAUGUGCACUAUGUCUAAAAAGACUCAAAUGUAUUUAUAAGUUGCCACUUUCAUUUUCUUUAGCUUUCUUUUCAAUUCGAUGUCUAGAUUAAAGCAGUCGUGUAAGACUUUAAAGGGAAUUCUUUGGGAUUAUGAUUAAGUUCAUAUGUGUAUUGUGUUUUGUUAGGUAACUGAAUAAUUCUGGUUAUUAGUUUGGUAGGCUGUAUGAUGAAUAUGACUAGGCUACAAUAAUGUGGAACGAAACCUAAUAAAUCAUGAUUCUUCA